CUGCCUUCUUCUCGUCCUCUUACAGACUCUAAUUGACAACUGAUAUUUAUCCAUGCUAAACCAAACUAGCUCUCUAAUGUUCACGACGAGAAACUGUUCAAUAGGAAAGAAUUAUGAUGAUACACAUACAAACAUGUAACGAGCACGUGCGCAGAACGACUUGUAAGUAUCGAUUAUGUGUCGCAGAAAUUAUGCCCUUUACAACUUGAUCUAGAAAUGAGAACCUUUUUUGAAUAAGAGAUCAACAUGGUGUUUAUACGAUUAAAAUAUCUAGUUCGGAAUCUUAUCUGAUGGUCUGGCUCGCGAUGAACAUUGGACUUAGUGGUCCAUUUGCUUCUUCAACAUUUCUUCUUCCACAAUCUUCUAUUCUAUUGCUGAUUGGCUUUGCAGGCUCUUCGAAUCGAAUUGCUGCAUGAAACAGUGGAGAGAGAUUGGGAUAGCGUGGAGCCACGGCCUCAUCCCAAUCCUGCCAAUUCUAUUUGGAAACUCAGAUCCAUGCGAUAAUCUUGAACAUUUAGAGGAACAAGAGUAAAAAAAGCAUGGCUUGCUACUUUAAAUACAUGAUUCUACAUUGCUGGCGUCGCUCAUCUCCAAUCUUUUCUCGUAUUCUUUCGCUUCCUGCUUGACCGGUCAUUUUUAGCGCGACGCCAUUCAGCCUCAAUACUCUCCUUGACGCCCUGUCAAGCUCAGUUUUCCAGGAGACUAAGCAGAGCUUGAGACAAGCCAUGAUGGAUGUUGCCGCACUUGGCGAGUUUGUUAAAUUAUUCAUAGAGGACUGAGAGACCAUCGGUUCUUCUGUUGAUCGAUCUCCUCCUGUACACAGUACGUCGACUCAGACCCAAAAUGCUUAGAUCAACUGUAUUUGGGAUAUUCCUCGCAACUGCUCAUGCAGCGUCCUUUUCGGACUUAUCUGCCCUCCCUUCAUGUGGAGAAACAUGCGUUGUGAAUUCCGUGAACUCUCAAACACAAUGCGCAACCAGCGAUUAUAGCUGUCUAUGUGGGGAUCAGAGUCUCGGAUAUAAUAUUGGAUACUGCCUUGGUUCGACAUGUGAUAGUGCUGAUAUGCAAGCGUCGCUUACUUGGCUCGAAUUUGCUUGUAGCCAACCUUUCGUCAGUAAUACGGGAACAUCAACUGCAACUGCAACAAGUGCAGGAAGCGCUGCGAGUACUGACUCUUUGCUCACUGGCUCCACUUCGGGUAGCUCAGGUGGUAGCAGUGAAGGGUCCAGUGGCGGUAGUUCUGGUAGUAGCUCUUCGUCCUCGUCUUCGAGCUCUUUCAAAAAAAAGAAGGGUGGGCUGUCGUCAGGAGCUAAAGGCGGUAUUGGUGCUGGUGUAGCAGUUCUAGCCGUCUUACUAAUAUUGGCCUCCGUGCUAAUCUGGUGGAUGAAACGGAGAAAAACUAGGAAGACACCAGAAGUGGAGAACCCAGCUCCUGCACCAGUACAGGCCAUACCACCUCCAGUACAAGCAUCAGACGAAAAAGUCCAGGUUCAGACAAACGUACAGCAAUACUAUCCUCCUACACAGCAAGCGUAUGUACAAACACCAACGCAACCUCCUGUCCAGGGACCUACGUACACUCAACCUGCACCGCCUUACGAUCAAGCACCACCACCACCAGUAUCGCCCAUGAGUACAUACGCGCAACCCGUACCACCUCAAUCAUACGCUGUGCCAUCACCACAACCAACAGCACCAGAGCUUCCGGGCACAUUCUAUAUGGCUCAUGCAUCGGCACAACCCUAUCAACAAGGUCAGCAGCCUGCAAUGCAGCCGCCUCAGUCGUUGUAUGAAGCCCCUGUGCAGAUUGCUCCGCCGCAAGGAAAUGUUUAUGAGGUUCCUGCAAACCAAGUGCCUAGAUAGCGGCGGCUGUUUGGGGCAACCAAUGAUUACGAAGUAGUUAACGGACAUGUCCUGACUUUUGUAUAUUAAUAACUAAAUUUAAUUGAUUCAUUAUUUCAAUAAAGAAGUAUUCCUCAUAAGUCAAUAUUG